CCUUGAGCUUUUCCUCCACAUGUACGAAGUCUUGCCCGGGACUAGUAAUUGCCCGGGCUUUGUUUAUUUUCAUUCUCGUAAUAAGAAUAGUUUUGUGACCGGUCUUCCCCCUAGCCACAAAAGAUGGAAGAAAAGAUUUGUUUUUGUCGAAUUCCCCCUGACCAAUUUCCUUUCUCUAACCCUGAGUGGGCUGACCGGGUUAUAAAACCUAAAAGGGUUCAUCCGGAGCCCACCAAAGAUCUUGAGGACGCCUGCGAGAAACUUCUCAAGGGUGAUCCUGUGACCGGGAAACCUUAUGCCUAUGGAGGCUGGGUAUUCCGGCUAUCUAAUCCGGAUGGGGGUGAAUCUGCGACCCAUGACGUAGAAGAUGACCGGGCAAACUCCCCGGAUGGUCAUGCUGAGGCCAGUUCUCCUCGUCCAGACAUGAACUUCAACAGGAUGACCACCUUCAUCGAGGAUGACGACGAUGAUGUCCAAGUCCUCCACUCCAACCGGUCUCCCAAUCGCAACCCUCCUUCUCCCCCUCAAAACCCUGGGAAGGAAGGGGCUUCAUCUGCCCGGUGCACUCCCAUCGACGAUCUCAUCCGAGAUAAGAAGGUGAAGUCCCCUUCGGUUACCCAUCUCUUCGAAGAUGACCGGGUUAAUUCUUUCCAGGCCCAGUUCGAAUCCAAGUCCAAAGAUACCGGCCACUCUUCUUCCCACGCUAAGGGCCAGAAAAGGAAGGGCUCCCAUAAGAGUUCCAAAGGGGGCAAGAAGAAGAAGACCGGGUCGCUUGACUUGGAAGGGGAGUCGGUUGAAGAAGCCUUCCUUGCAUUGACCAGAAGACUCCAAAAAGUUGGAGUCCUUUCUGAAGAGAUUGGUCAGUCACUCAUCGAGCCAACCAACCAGGCCUCCCAACUGAAUCUCCUGCUUGACUCGGCCAAAUCAGAAAUAAAUGACCUGGUCGAGAGGGAGAGAAGGUUAGAAGUAGAGGUGAGGGCUGAGAGGGCCUUGCUGGAGGAGGAGAGGGCCAGAUCUGCCCGGUUGGAGGAGGAAGGCAAGAGAAAGGUCGCUGAGCUUGAAGAGGCGUUGGCCCAAGCUGAAGAGACUUCCCGGUCAAAAGAGGAGGCCUUUCCUGAUGAUGCUGCUAUUUGGGCCGCCUGCCAUCACACUGAAGUUGCCCGGUCCAUUCUCACCAAUCCGGAGGACACCAUGGAUUUUUUCAAAGUCAUGUAUAAGGAACCGGAAGGGAAGAGAAUGAUAACAGAUGUCGGGUCCUAUGGGUUUCAGUGUGGCCAAAAGGAAGAGAGAUCUCUUUUCUAUGCCAGACUCCAGAGGAAGGACCCUUCUUUCGACCCGGCCAAAUUGAAGCUUCCAGCCCUAUACAUGGAAGAGCCAGCUCCCCCCUUUCCCCUUGAGUAGGUCAGGGUGCCGGGUCAAAAAUGUGACCGGUCAAAAAAUAUUUUUUCCAGAU